AUGAAUCAGAUUAAUCCAGAUUAAAUCUUAUCAUCAGAAGAGAUCAAGGCAGCGAAGGAUGCCUUUGAAGCAUAUGAUAAAAUGGGCUAUGGAACGUUGGAAGUUGAAGAAUUGCAAAAAAUACUUGAAGAAUUUGGACAUAAGCCAAGUAAAGAGGAGUUAUAAUAAAUGAUUAUUUAAGUUGAUGUGAAGAAUAAAGGAUUUAUUGACUUUGAGGAUUUCAAGAGAGCAAUAGCAAUUUACAAAAUCAUAGAAGAGGAUAACGAAGAAGAUGACACAUUGGAUGCUUUUGUGGCUAUGGGAGGGAAUGCUGAUAAAAGUGGAACUGUGGAUGCAACAAAGUUGAUACAAGUAAGGAUUAUUAUUAUUUAGAUUAUUAAAUCUGAUUUCAAGAUGACAAUUGAUAUUGAAAGAUUGAUUAAUGAAAUGGAUCGUGACAAAUCAGGUUAGAUAUCAUAUUAAGAAUUUAAAAACUUACUCUCUGAUUGA